AUGUCUACGUUUUCGUACGCACAAGCCGCCAAGGGCGUCUCCGGGACACCGACCCCGUCCAAGACACCAUCAGAAUCCGAGAAGACCGACUCCAAACCGGAGGAGCAGACCGUCGUCGAGACUACCACGGAUGAUGUCCCAGCCCCCACUGAGUCUGAGCCCGUCCAAAAAUCCGAAGUAGUCGCAGAGGAGAAGGAUGACGAUUUCACCACUGUCACUAACAAGCACGCGGCUAAGACAAAGGCCACCAACUCUCGAACCUCAAGCCCGAGCGUGCGCACAGGCUCCAAGUCGCGCAAGACAAAAGAGGAUGAUUCAAAUACCUCCAACGGCAACGCAGAUGCCCCCGCUGAGAAGCAGGUUCCCAGUGAAGGACAGACUGAGAAGGCUGAAGGUGCCGCAGAGAAGACUGAAAAAUCCGAGGAUUCCGAGAAGACCGCAUCGCCACCCAAGGAGCUGAAGGCUGCUCCCCUCCCAUCAGUCAACAUCUGGCAACAGAGAAGAGAGGCACAGGACGCCAGGGUCAAGGCUGUCCCCAAGUCCACUCCCUCUAGCAAGGCCGCCUCCACCGAGGCCGCCUCGACUGCUGAUGAGACCAAGCAAGACUCCAAGGCCAGCUCUAAGAAGAAGGGCACCGAUGGUGCACAGGAAGGUGCCAAGGAUCGCAAGAAGACCGAUGUUGCGAUUGGCGAAGAAAAGAAGAAGUCCCACGAAAAGACCGAUAAGAGCCCUGUCAUCAGACCCCAUGGAAAGGAAAAGUGGACGCCCGUUCCAUACGUCCCCACUGCUGUUUUCAACACCCCGCUCCCAUCUGCCGGUGGCCGUGGAGGUAGACGGGCCACUCGUGGUGGCCGGGACAGUGGCCGUGGAGCCCACGGAAAUGGUGCCGCUGCCACCGACAAGGCUGCCUCUGGACAGGCCGCCCAAGGCGCAAAGCAGACCUCUGGAGAUCGAGGACGCGAGGCUGGCACUGGACGUGCCGCUUCUCUUCCCGCCCAGUCGAGACGGUCCACAAGCACCGAUCCCGGUGCUGCAGCUGAUGCACGCAAGCCUUCCCAGGCACCUGAGCGCGGCCGUGGAGCUCGCAACGGAGAGGAGAACAAGCAGGUGAAUGGCGGAGAGAACGCCCCUCGCCCCCAGCGUGAGGGCAAGCCCUUUGGAAGAAACCAGGAUGCCCGCGCAGGUGACCGCAACCAGAAGGGUGGAAACCUGGCUGUUGACUCGCAGGCUGCAGCCCGCAGCAACGGUCGCUUCGAGGCCGGAUCCAAGUCUGCCGACCCCACCGGUUUCAACGAGUUCAACCGUGAGCGUGGAGAGUUCCGCUCUGAGCGUGGAGGUCGUGGAUCCAACCGCGGCCGUGGUGGUGCUUACUCCAAUUUCGGCGGCCAGAACGCCCAGUUCAAUGCCGCUAUGUCCAACAACUCAUUCGCCCCCAAGCAAUUUGGCUUCAACGACCGUCAGCGGUCACAGCAGCAUGGCCUCCCCAAUGGCUCUCAACAAGGAAACCGUAUGCCCCUCCGAUCGCCCUCUUUGCCCACUCCCGCAAAUAUGUACGGUGUUGUUUAUCCUUUCCCAGGUGAUAUCAACACGAUGUAUGGCUACCCAACUGUCAACUCUGCCCCGAUGAGCGCUGUUCCCUACCAGCAGCAAUAUGUGGAGCCUUUCACGCUCAUGAACAUGCUGUCCAUGCAAUUGGAGUACUACUUCUCGGUUGACAACAUGUGCAAGGAUAUGUUCCUUCGCAAGCAGAUGGAUUCCCAAGGCUUUGUGCCUCUGCACGUUCUUGCUAGCUUCAAGCGUGUCAAGUCCCUCACCGAGGACUUUGAACUCCUUCGUCACGUGGCUCGUCAGCUGCGUAGCGUUGAGUGCCAAACUGGUGAGGAUGGUGUUGACCGCCUGCGCCCCAGAGACAAGUGGCAGCAAUGGGUCCUCCCCGUGGACCAGCGUGAACCUUCCGCCCAGCAUGACGGAGCCGCCCCUACUAGAAAGACUGAUGAGAACACCCCGGUCCACAGUCACUCCGAGAACGUUAUCAACGGAUCCGCUCCCCAGUUCGUUCCCAACGGUGUCGCCCAUGAUGUGAAGACUUCACUUUCUUCUACCGCCCCGGAAUUCAUGCCCUCAUUGCUACCCACCGCAGUGAACGAGAUUGCCAAUGUAGGACACCCCUGGAACUCCCCAGUCUCCCCCGAUGACUCGACAGCGUCGUUCAUUUCAUCGUCUUCGUCUUUCCGCGUGGACCAUUCCUUUAUCUUUAUUGACACUUCUUCCUCAGCGCGUGGACUAGAUUCCCAGUCCGAACCCCCUUUCGCCUCUGAUUUGGAACCGACGGUGACCCCGACGAGCUUUGACGCAAAUUACCUUCAACACCCAAUCGGCGGUGCCGAUUGGUUCAUCCAAAAGUCUUUUCCCGAAGUGCACCAACCGGCGCCCAAGUCAAAGGUGAAGGGCCGUUCAUCCACAGAAACGUCCAAUUAUGCCCCCAAAAACUUUCAAUAUGUCUCGCAAAGAAACUUUCGAUGGCCGAGGCCGACCGACGGCAAGAAGCUUAUGGAAUUCUAUCGGAACUGUCUACUCCACCGUCGACCCAUCCCUGACCUCGUGAUGUACGACAUGGUCCAUCUUUCACAAGAUCAAGCAUCGGACUACCGGACUCUCCUCUCCAAUACGAUCCAUGAAACCAUUGCCAGUGGAAAGAUGAGCUCAAACAACCGAUUGAGAAUCAGCAAAUAUUUCAAUACCCAACCCGGCAAGACGGCGGGAGAAAAGUUAUCAUGA